AUGAAUACUAUUGAAAAAACUGAAGCAGAUAAAACUCAAUUAAACCAGAAGAAUGAUGAUUAUAAAAGCGAAGAUACAUCAUGUUUAAAAAUAAAUGUUUGUGAAGAAAAUAAUAAAGAAUAUUUAUCAAGUAUAGAUGAUGUAAAAUUAUGGAGGUUUAGUUGUGUGCGAGGUUUAGAAAAUUACGUGAUUGAAUUAAAGAAAAAAGUAAAUAAAUUUUACUUGAUAUAUACAGUUAUAACACUAAUUCAUUUUUUAAUAUAUGUAAAUAGAGGAAUAAUUCCGGGAUCAUAUGAUUACAUAUCUGCAUAUUUAAAAGGAACACAUGAAAUAUCAAAUGUAGAUGUACAUAUUGGAUUCUUAACAUCAGUUUUUGUCUUUGGUUUAAGUAUAAGUUCUAUUAUAAGUGGUUCUUUAGGUUCUGCAUAUAGCAUAUUUAAAGUAACGGAUAUUUUUCUAUUGCAGAAUUCUCUUGCAUUAUUUCUUACUGGAUUUUCUUUUAUUAUUGGAUCAUAUUAUACUUUAAUGUUUAGUAGAUUUUUUUGUGGAUUUAGUGAAUCUGCUUUUCUUACGAUUAUUCCACCUCUAAUAUAUUCCUACUCAAAAAAUAGAGCAGGGUCGUGGAUAAGUGUUUUCAUUACUAUGUUUCCAUUAGGAGGAUGUUUUGGUUAUUUACUUGCUGUAAUUUUGCCAUCUAUUAAUAUAAGCAUUGCACAAUAUUUUAUCAUUUCAAGUUUUGUAUUUUUUAUUUUUUUUGUUUGCUUUUACUUCUUUGACGAAAAACUACUAAAACAAUACGAAGAAGAAAAAAUUUUGAAAGAAAAGAAACAGGAAAACAAGGAAAACGAUCUUGAAGAAGGAAAUCAGCUGAAAGAAGAAAAUAAUUUGAAGGAAGAUGAAAGUUCAAAAAACGUAAGAGAAUUGGAAAAUGAUAAAAGAACAACUUUAAAUAAAACGAAUAAUAACGAUAUAGAAACUGCCCAUAAACCUUCUGAAUUAAAUGUAGAGAAUAAAAAAAAUAAUGAAAAAAAGAAAAAGGAAAUUGAAGAAAAUAAUAAUAAUAAUAAUACCAGUAAUAAUAUUAUUAAUAAUUGUGCUGAUAGAAAUAGCAACAACAUUAAUUAUAAUUAUAGUGAUGAUAAUAAUAAAAAUAUUGAUAUCAAUUCAGAAUCAAAAAAAGAGCAUAAUAUAAAUACAGAUAGCAAAGAAAAAAUUAAUUAUUUUCAAAGGAAUAAUGAGAGAAAAAAGUAUAGAAGCACAAAUGAAAAAAAAAAAAGAGCAAAGAGCAUAAGCAAUAAUAAUAAUACUUUAUAUUCAAAUAAUCUAAAUUUAAUAAAGUUAAAAAGUAGAAAUUUUUAUAAAAAUAAAAAUUUUAAAAAUGAACAUAGAAUUUUAAAAUUUUCUGAAAGCAAAAAGCUUUCAACUUCUAGUCUUAAAAAUUUCACCAAUUUAAAACAUAUAUCAUGUGUAAAAAGAGUUAAUAGUAAUGAUAAUUCAAAAAAUAAAAACUCAACUGAUUAUUCUGAUCAUAAAUCGUUUGAUGAUUCUUACAGAUUACAUGAAAAAAAUCCAAUGAGUUUAUAUAAUGACGAUGAAUUGUAUAAUGUUGAAAAAUCGAUAAAUGAAUCAAAUAAUGUUUCUUUUAAUUCAACAAAAAAAAUUGAUGUAAGUAAUUCUUUUAUAAGCAAGAAUAAAAUAGUUAAAGAUGAUUGUGAUGAGAGAGAAAUUUUAAAUAAUAAUUACGUUGAUAAUAAAUCAGAUAAUAUGUACAAUAUGAAUACCUAUAGCAACGACAACGUAUGUUUAAUAAGUACUCAGGAAUCAUUUAAUAAAAAAAAAAAGGAAAAUUUUAUAGAUAUAAAUCUAAAUGAUAAUUUAGAAAAAUUGGAUGAAGAAGUUAAUGAAGAAUUAAAUUUAAGUAUAUUAGUUAAAGCAACUUUAUUAAAUCCAUGUUUUUUAUAUUUAGUUACAUCAUUAACGGCACAUAUAGUUAUUAUUCAAAGUUAUUUAGUAUAUGGACCAGCUAUAUUAUAUGCCCUUGAUGUUUUUCCUACAUAUAAAUUUGCAACAAUAAUUUGUAGUUUGAGUGCAUGUGUAUCCUCUAUAAUUGGCACGUGUUUGGGAGGAUUUUUAAUGGAUUUGUAUGAUUUAAACAUACAAAAUAUUGAUAAAAAUUAUGAAGAUAUAAAGAAUAACAAAAAGAGAAUUAAAUUAUAUAAUAAUGAUAUAUUAGUUUAUAAAUAUCUCCGAAUCAUCGGUUUACAGACAUUUAUCAUUUUAUUCAUUGCAUGUAUAUUUGUAUUUAUGUUUCCGUUUAUUCAAAAUUUAUAUAUAUUUACAGUUGCAAUGGUAUUUGGGUUAACCUUUUUAUUUUCAUCAAUGCCUGGUCAUAACAUUGGAGUUAUGGUGUGUGUACCUCAAAAUAUUAGACCCUUUUCAAUGGGAAUGUCAUCAUUUAUAUCACAUAUAUUUGGUGAUAUUCCAUGGAUAGUUAUUAUUGGAAGUAUUAAGGGUACAUUAUCUCCGAAUUGUAUCGUUACAAGAGAUGGAGAAAUAAGUGAUUUAUGUCGUGAAGAGAGAUGGGGAUUAAAAAUUACUUUAUUAAUUGUGUGUGUAAAAUCUCUUAUAAUGGCAUUAGGAAGCUUAUUUCUUUACUUACAUUCUAAUAAGAAAAUAAAAAAAUUAAAAAAUAGAAAAAACAAAAAAUAA